AUGCAUGAACAAUCAGUGAAGCGUCUUGAAGACUGCCUCGUCUCGCUUCCACUGCAGCCACCGGUCACGACUUCCUUCCGCCUUGCCCCACCAUCCCGCGGAAUCUCGCUGCAGCCUGAGAUUGACUCCAGCUUCCACCUCACAACAAACGGCUGCCUCGCACUACAAACAGCUGUACACCCACUCGCGAGCUAUUCUUCAAACAACAUCAACACACCAACAACACCAACCAACGCAUCCACACCUCCGCAACUUCAGGGUCUAGAACCCCCCGCUCUCAGCACCCAACACCCACUUUACCUCUCUCUCAACCACCAGCAAGAUGCAAAUCAAGUCUCCCGCAUAAAGGAGCGCGUCGAAGAGAAAGAGGGCAUCCCACCCGCACAACAGCGGUUGAUUUUCGGCGGGAAGCAGAUGGCCGACGACAAAACCGCCGCCGAAUACAACCUCGAAGGCGGCGCGACGCUGCAUCUGGUACUUGCCCUGCGCGGGGGGUAUUAG